AUGUAAAAAGAAAUAAAUAUCAAUAAGCCUAGAGUUUUUGCUAUGGCUUCUAAUAUAUGCUUAGCUAGUCUCUACUUUGGUUAUAAUAUUUCCACUUAUAACUCGGUUUCUUAAGUCAUCAUAAGUUUGAAUGGAUGGAGAGGAACUGAUAAAGAAACUCUUUAUCCCUCAUUGAUAACUAGCUCUCUUGCAGCUGGAUGCAUUAUUUCUGCUCCUGUUGCUGUUAAUGUUUUGAAAAUUUUCAAGAACAACUUACGUAGAGCUUCCAUGCUUCUUGAUUUAUUGACUAUAAUUGCUUGUAUAGUUUAACUUGUUGAUACACAUGUAGCUAAUCUGAUGAUAGGUCGUUUUAUUGCUGGUAUGAUAAUAGGUUUGAAUUGUACUUAUGUUUCUUCUUUUGUUGCUGAAGUAUCGCCUACUCAAUUAAGAGGUAUCACUGGAUGUAUCAAUCAACUUCUAGUCUGUUUUGGAAUAUGUGUGGUUUUUUUGCUAGGUUUGAGUCUUCCGAGUAAGUAAAACUUAAUUGAUGAUCCCACUUACGAUAAUUAGGUUAAUUGGAGAAUUGUAGUUGGCUUCCCAGUAAUAUUUACAAUUUUAAGAUUUAUCAAUUUUGUCCUUUUUUUCAGAUACGACACUCCUUGCGAACUGUAUAAGCAGGGAAAAAUAAAAGAAUUAUAGAGCUUCUUAAGAACAAUUUAUAGAGAUGAAUCUGAAAUAGAUAUUCAAGUUAAUUUAAUAAAGGAAUAAGUCAAUGCAACGUCUUCCUCAAACAAUAAAAUCGAUACUGAAAAAGCUAAAAGUAAUAGUCAAAAUGUUAAUCCUGCAACUAAUUCUGAAAUAUCUUCUGAAACAAAACAUUAAAAAAAUGAUAAAAAUGCAACCUCAGAUUUACAUGAACAUUCAGAAGAAAAUGAUUAUGCUAAAAAAAGCUUCAAUAGAAGGUGGCUAUUAGGUCUUCUGAUGUGCAUAGGCUAACAAUUGACAUGCAUCAAUGGUGUCAAUUUCUAUUCAAACUAAAUUUUCGAAGAUGCCAACCAAGCAGAUAAUGCUUACUAUUAUUCUAUCGGUUUAGGAUUUAUACAAUUUUUUGCUUGUUUAGUUAGUGUAUUUAUUGUUGAUAAGAAGGGAAGAAGACCUAUGAUGCUAUGGGGAACUGUGCUUUUAGUUAUUUCAUUAGCACUAAUUGCAAUACUUUUAUCUCUGGAUUUAUUCAUUCCUAGCUUUUUAGCAAUCUGUUUGUUCUUAAUCGCUUUUUCUUUAAGCUAAGGACCCUUAGUCUGGGCUUAUUAGGGUGAAAUGCUAGAAUAAAAGGCUCUACAAAUUAAUACAUGCGUACUUUGGAUUUUUACCCUUGUUAUUGGUAUAAUCUUCCCAUACAUGGCUUAAGGAAUAAAAGCAGGCGGUACUUUUGCUAUAUUUGCAGCUAUAACUUUUAUUUUCCUUAUCUACUACAAGAAAGAGUUCAUUGAAACAAAAGGAAAGAGUAGAGUUGAAAUCUAUAGAGAUUUUUGUGAUUAAAUAUUUGUUAAACAAAAAGAAAUAAAAUAGGAGCAAAUAAAUGCUGCCUGA